UCUGCGCGUCUAGAGAGCCCGGCGCUGCCCGCCAGGGUGAGCGUGCCCCCUUCGCCCUCUUCCUCUUCCUGCUGCCGCUUGACUCCCCCGCUCCCGCUCUGCCUCUGGGCAGAUGCCCCCUCUUCCUCCUCCCAGACCCCUCCUCGCCCGCUGAGGCGGCCCAGCCAUGACCGACGUGCCGCUGUGGUCUGUGCUCCCCAACGGGACCGAGGUCCCCCCGGCCCUGGGCUGGGCAGCGGGCAACGCGUCGGGCCCGGCCCCCAGGUGCUCUCUCACUAAGACGGGCUUCCAGUUCUACUACUUGCCCGCCGUGUACAUCCUGGUGUUCGUCACGGGCUUUCUGGGCAACAGCGUGGCCAUCUGGAUGUUCGCGUGCCACAUGAAGCCGUGGAGCGGCAUCUCCGUGUACAUGUUCAACCUGGCCCUGGCCGACUUCCUGUACGUGCUCACGCUGCCCGCGCUCAUCUUUUACUACCUCAACAAGACCGACUGGGUCUUUGGCGAGGCCAUGUGCAAGCUACAGCGCUUCAUCUUCCACGUGAACCUGUACGGCAGCAUCCUCUUCCUGGCCUGCAUCAGCGUGCACCGCUACACCGGGGUCGUCUACCCGCUCAAGUCCCUGGGCAGGCUCAAGAAGAAGAACGCCGUCUACAUCAGCGCGCUCGUGUGGGCCGUCGUGGUGGCCGCCAUCUCCCCCAUCCUCUUCUACUCUGGCACGGGCGUCCGCAGGAACAAGACCAUCACCUGCUACGACACCACCUCGGACGAGUACUUGCGCAGCUACUUCGUCUACAGCAUGUGCACCACAGUGGCCAUGUUCUGCGUUCCCUUCGUGCUCAUCCUGGGCUGCUACGGGCUCAUCGUGCGCGCUCUCAUCUACAACGACCUGGACAACUCGCCCCUCCGGAGGAAGUCCAUCUACCUGGUCAUCAUCGUGCUCACCGUCUUCGCGGUGUCCUACCUGCCCUUCCACGUCAUGAAAACGCUCAACCUGAGAGCUAGGCUGGACUUCCAGAGCCCGGGGAUGUGCGCCUUCAACGACAGGGUGUACGCCACUUACCAGGUGACCAGGGGGCUAGCCAGCCUCAACAGCUGUGUAGACCCCAUUCUCUACUUCCUGGCCGGGGACACUUUCAGGAGGAGACUGUCGAGGGCCACCAGGAAAGCUUCCAGAAGAAGUGAGGCAAAUUUGCAAUCUAAGAGCGAAGAUAUGACCCUCAAUAUACUGUCGGAGUAUAAGCAGAACGGAGACACGAGCCUAUGAAUUUCAGCACCCACGGGCUGCCCUGCCCGAGGGUCCCGAACACCUUCAUUUAAAAAACAAAACACCAAGCAAAACAAACAAGCAAAAAAACAACACCCAGAGUGAAAUGAUAAAUAGAGCCAGAAGAGUGGGGAGGGAGGGAGGAUCUGGGCUAAAGCUCUUAAACAAGAAUUCCUUUGGCGAAUUUAGAAAGACUCAGAUUAUUCUGAAGGGGGAGAGAGAAAGACAGACGAAAGACAGAGGCAGGGAGAGAUAAAGCAUUUAACUUUUUUUUUUUUUUCCCAAAUUGGAUCAUUUCCCCUAAGGUCAGUUUAUUAAAACAGUGAUCGCCAUGAAAUGCUUUUAAUUUAUGCUAGUUCAAAAUUGUCCUCUUUCAAACGUACAGGUAGGCAUGUGUACAAUCACAUUUAUAUUUGGGAUUUUUUUUUUGUAUUUAUAAUUUCUCCAGGAUAUAUGACUGGCUAUGACUUUAGGUGGUGCACCUGCAGUCUUUAUUAUGAUGAUUUUCCUACUUUGCAAUUCACAUGAGCACUCUACUGAUUCCCCACAUCCUCCAGAUAUUUAGGAUUAGAUCAGAUCCGAAAGCAAUCCUCCCAGUUCUUUAGGCAGCAAGUGAGGGGCCCCCUGGGGUUUGAAAGAAUAAAACAUUUUCUGUUAGUUUCUGAGCAUAAGUUUCUGACUGUCUUCACGUGGACGCUGGCUAGACAGAAGUCAUUGAGUUGAAAAAUCUUGAAAGGUGAUGAUUUUCUAAUUCUAAUUUUCAGAAAAAAAAUGUUUAUUAUAUCUUGGGUGCUAAAUAUUCGAUGGUGGAAAUCUAUUAAUUGUCUUGGACAGAGUCACAAAUUUAAAUUAUGAUAGUAAAUGGGUUUUGUUUCCUAUGAAAUAUCUUGGGAUGUUUGAAAUCUUAGGUAAACAUGCUGUUUAUUGGCAGUGUUGCUGUUUAAUACCACAGGGGUUGGUUUGUUUUCCAGGAUGAGCUUAUCCACAUCUGCAAAAACAUCCAAAAACAAAACAAAACAAAACUCUGAACUGAUGACUUAUAGGGCAAACUGACUAAAGUUGAAUUCACAUGUUAAGGCAAAGUGUAGCUGGGUAUGGUUAGUAUUUGGGUGUGAUUGGCAGCUUUCCAAAAUCUGCAUGCUCUAGAUAUUUAAAAAAAAUAAAGCCACGCGCGGCUAAAGCUUAAUUAUUGUCAUGUAGGAACCAGAACAAAAGUUCUGGGGGGAAAGGACCUCUUAAGUUAUCCUGAAAGAUGUUUGAAAGUAUUAUAACAGUAGUUGAACAUGCAUAAUUGAUAGGAAAAAAAUCUUAAAGUUUAUAAAUUUGGUUUAUAAAAGGACAAACCAUGAUCUACUUUUACUAGUCCUUGCUUUUAAAAAUGGGAGAGAAAAUACUGUAUUUAAAUACCUAAGAUCAUUGCUUGACAGCAUGGCAAAGCAGGCUAAAUGAUUAAUCAUGGAAAUUUUUUUUAAUUUUUUUAAGAAUUACUUUAAGAAGAGAUGGCUAAUGGGGGAGAGAGUCGUUUAUAUAUUACAGAUUUGCUCCUCUGGGCAUUAAUUGUCAAAUGCUUCCUACUUCUCUAAUGAUGCUCCUUCUGUGUUUGAACACAUUUUGAAAUUAUCACUCAAUCCCAGUCCUGUAAAUUUUUUUCACUAUAUAUUAUACAAACUUAUAGAGAUGAAUAUACUCUGCAUCCCCCAAACAAUCA